AAAGAUUAUAAUGAUUAAAAUACAAAUAAUUUUACAAAAACCUUUUUUUUGGAUAACUUUUUUAUUAUUAUUUUCUUUACCAAGAUAUGGGUGGGCUCAGAAAGAAGAAUCAUAUGGCACGGUAAUUGGUAUUGAUUUAGGAACAACUUACUCUUGUGUGGGGGUGAUGCAAUCAGGACGUGUAGAAAUUUUGGCAAAUGAUCAAGGAAAUCGAAUUACGCCAUCUUAUGUUGCAUUUACGAAGGAAGAACGGCUUGUUGGAGAUGCUGCAAAGAAUCAGGCUCCUGCGAAUCCUUUAAAUACGAUUUUUGAUGUUAAACGACUUAUUGGACGCCGAUUUGAUGAAGCAGAUGUUCAAGCUGAUAUUAAGAAUUUUCCGUUUAAAGUGCAUCAUCAUGAUGGUAAGCCCCAUGUGGAAGUUAAUAUUGCGGGUGAAAAAAAGACAUUUACACCAGAAGAAAUAUCUGCCAUGGUAUUACGUAAAAUGAAGGAAAUUGCAGAAUCUUAUUUGGGACGUACUGUGACACAUGCUGUGGUGACAGUUCCUGCUUAUUUCAAUGAUGCUCAACGUCAAGCUACUAAAGAUGCGGGGACUAUUGCGGGUCUUAAUGUGUUGCGUAUUGUCAAUGAGCCUACAGCAGCUGCUAUAGCUUAUGGUCUGGAUAAAAAGGAAGGAGAACGUCUUAUUAUUGUCUAUGAUUUGGGAGGUGGCACAUUUGAUGUAUCUCUUUUAUCUAUUGAAGAUGGCGUAUUUGAAGUUAUUGCAACGGCUGGAGAUACUCAUUUAGGUGGAGAGGAUUUUGAUCAUCAAGUCAUGGCAUAUUUCAAGACGUUAUUUCAUCAAAAACAUGGGGUUAGGCUUGAUGAUGAUCCAAAAGCUUUAGGAAAACUUAAGCGGGAAGUGGAGAAGGCCAAACGGACGUUAUCAUCACAAAUGUCUACGAGAGUUGAGAUUGAAUCAUUAUAUCAGGGUAUUGACUUUUCAGAGACAUUAACACGUGCAAAAUUUGAAGAGAUUAAUAUGCAUUUGUUCAAAAAAACAAUGAAGCCUGUUGAACAAGUUUUAAAGGAUGGGAAUGUAAAAAAAUCGGAUAUUGAUGAUAUUGUUUUGGUUGGAGGUUCAACACGUAUUCCCAAGGUGCAACAGUUAUUAGAAGAUUAUUUUGAUGGGAAAAGAGUAUCAAAAAGUAUUAAUCCCGAUGAAGCAGUAGCAUAUGGGGCAACGGUGCAAGGUGGGAUUUUAUCUCAUGAAGAAGGAGUAGAAGAUAUCGUAUUGGUAGAUGUAAAUCCGUUAACAUUAGGAAUUGAAACAACGGGUGGAGUAAUGACAAAGUUAAUUGCACGUAAUACAGUGAUUCCAACACGUAAAUCUCAAAUUUUUUCUACAGCAACAGAUAAUCAGGCAGUUGUCUUAAUUCAAGUGUUUGAAGGUGAGCGGCCGUUAACAAAAGAUAACAACAUGUUGGGUAAAUUUGAAUUAACUGGAAUUCCUCCUGCGCCUCGUGGUGUACCUCAAAUUGAAGUAACUUUCGAGAUCGAUGCUAAUGGUGUCUUAAAAGUGUCUGCAACUGAUAAGGGUGCAGGUAAAUCGGAAUCAAUUACCAUUAAAAAUGAUAAGGGUCGAUUAACACAAGAGGAAAUUGAUCGUAUGAUUAAAGAAGCUGAGCAGUUUGCUGAUGAAGAUCGUGCACAGAAGGAGAAGAUCGAAGCAAGAAAUACUUUGGAAUCAUAUGUUCAUACAUUGAGAAAUCAAUUAAAUGAUGCUGAAGGAAUGGGUGGAAAAUUAAAAGAAGAAGAUAAGAAGACGAUUUCAGAUGCUAUCGAUGAAACAUUGAAGUGGCUAGAGCAGAAUUCUAUGACUGCAACAACCGUUGAUUUUGAAGAAAAAAGAAAUGCGUUAUCUAAUAUAGUAAUGCCUAUUACAUCUAAAUUAUAUGAAUCAGCUAAAGAGGAUAAUGUACCUCCACAUGACGAACUUUGAAUGGUUUAAAAAUUGGAAAUAUUUGACAUUAGUUGUGUUUUUUGA